AUGUCUACAGACCAUGUCGCCCAGCUCCAGCAGACUGUCGAGAAGCUGCAGCAACAGGUUACCAGACUGAGUGAUCAAGAGGAAAUCCGAAAACUGCAGUACAAAUAUGGCUAUUAUCUUGAUAAAUGCCUUUACGAAGAGGUCGUCUCCCUCUUCUCCGACGCGGCAGACGCAUAUGUCCAAUUCCUUGGCGGGCGAUACCACAAAAAGUCAGGCGUGCGCCGGCUGUACGUAGGACGGUUUGGCAAGCUCUUCACCGGAGGACGGAAUGGGCCGAUCCACGGCUUCCUACUCGACCACCCGCAGCUCCAGGGUAUAGUGGACGUCGACUAUGGUGCCUCGCCGCCUGUCGCGCGAGGACGGUUUCGCAGUCUGAUGCAGGCGGGUGUGCACGUGUCGCAGGCGGCGGUGCACCCGCGGGGCGUCACACAGUGGUGGGAGGGCGGUCUCUACGAAAACGAGUACAUCAAGGACCUCGGAGGCGGCGGUUGGCGCAUCUUGAGGCUGCGCUACUUCCCCUUUUGGCACGCCGACUUCGAGCACGGCUGGGCCUACAAGGUCGCCGGGUUCGUGCCGUUCCAGGCCGUGACAUAUCCCGAGGAUGAAGCUGGGCCCGAUGAGGUGCUGGAAGAGGACCAGAGGAUGAUGUGGCCGGAUACAAGAGUCGUGCCGUUCCACUACGACCACCCCGUGACUGGGGAGACGGUUAAGGAGGAGAAUAUGCGAGCACCUGUGUAUGGGUCUGGCCCCGCAGAGGCGAAGCCUGGACUGAAACUUGAUUAG